AUGAAUGAACAACUCACAGCUCAAACAGCACCGCCACCAAUAGUUUUGAAAUUGAAAAAAUAUGAUGAUCAUAAUCCAGAUGUUAUAAAUCCUCAUACAUUUCAUAUAUCAACCGAAACUAUAGAUCGUGGACAAUCUAAUUCAUCGUCAUUUAUUCAGAACAACGAAAGUGAUAGUGUUAUUAUGACUGCAUCACCUGGAACACUGCGUGUCAAAUUAAAAAACCCAUUUCUCAAUGGUUGUGCUGCUGAUCAUAUUGAUGAAGAAUACACAGAUUUGAUCUCUUUGGAAAGCGUAACUCGUCCAGCUAAACGUACUAAAAAGUCAUUAUCAAAUGAUAAUGUUAGUAAUAAUAUAUUAAAUACUGACCUUAAUAAUGAUUAUGUGUCUAAUCAGCAAAAUAAACGAAUUACCGAUGUACAACAAGAACAUUGUGUAGCAAGUGAACCAACUUUAACUUCGCCGUUAGUUCUUAAAAUUCGUCGAGACAGUUUAACAAUGACAACUACAACUUCAUCAAACGGGAUUCCGUCAAUCGUUGAGCCCGAAUCAAAUCGACAGUUAUUAAUAAAACUAAAGAAAAAUGAAAAUGGCGAAUUAAUAACACGUAAAAAUUCGUUUGGCUCACAAAUGUCAACAGAAUAUCUAAUAAACGAGCAACAAAACUGUUCAACAGCAAAUGAACUUACAUCAACAAUACUUACAAAUGGUCAUAAUGAUUCAUUAUAUGAACCAGUAACGAUUCAAUCAUCACCAACAUCACAUGUAACAAAUGUGUUAAUAAAUUUUAAUAAUGACGAUAAUAAUCAAAUAUCUCAACAAAAGCCAGUAUUAGAUCAAACUUCUGAAACUCAUACAAAAGAACUUUUAGAUGAAGCAUUAGAUAGUGUAAAAAAUGUUUUAAUGCAAACAUUUAAAAAAAAUUUGGAAUCUGGCGGUGAUCUUAAUGCUCUAAAAAGUACCCUAGGCUCCGAUGAAGUUGCAGAAGUAUUUCUAGCAAAAUUAAGGCAAUCACUUAAACGUGACACUAAAAAUGAAUCGAAAUCUCAAGAUAGAACCAACACGAAUACUGAAAUUCCUUCAUCACAAACGUCGACACCAUUGAAUUCUUCAAAUACGAUGAUGUCACCAAUAUCGAAUGUGACAUCAUCCCCAUUAUUACCUUCAAUACUAACCAUGAUGGAUAAAACAAGUUCGCCAUCAUCACCACAAUCACAAAUAACGAACGUUAAUAAUAAAAGAAAAGCUUCGACAGUAUCAAUGAAUCCGAAUCGUUUUGAUGGUGCAACUGAAGAAGAGCUAUCACAACGUCUUCUUUCAGAUAUUCUUCAACCAAAUCUUGAUAUUGUCUUUGUCGGUGUUAAUCCAAGUCUCUAUGCUGUACAUAAGGGGCAUCACUAUGGUGGACCAGGAAAUCAUUUUUGGAAGUUAUUACAUAUGUCUGGUUUAAUACCAAAUUCGCUGAAUGCUAAUGAUGAUUACCGUAUGCCACAAUAUGGCAUUGGUUUUACAAAUAUUGUGCAAAGGCCAUCAAAAGCUGGAUCAGAUAUUACGAAGGAUGAAAUAACUACGGGUGCUGAGGUUUUAAUGCACAAAAUUAAAACUUAUAGACCGAAAAUUGUUGCGUUUAACGGACGAGGAAUCUAUGAGGUUUAUGCUGGCAAUAAACAUUUUCAUUAUGGAAAACAACCGGAAUUAUUUCUUGGGACAGAUACACACGUAUUCGUAAUGCCAUCAUCAAGUGCUCGUUGUUCCCAAUUGCCACGUGCUGAAGAUAAACUACCAUUUUAUGUUGGUUUAAGAAAAUUACGGGAUUUUGUAAAUGGUUCAUUACAUUCAUUAAAUGAAGCUGAGAUAACAUUUCCAGAUAUAAAAAUAAAAGAUACAGAUGAUGUUUUACAAAAAACAGUAAUACGUAUAAGUAAUAAACCUUUUUCGGAAUUAUCAGCUGAAACGCUGAAGUGCUACGGCGAUAAAAUUCCAUCUGGGCAGAUGAUAUCAAAAAAUAUACAAUCAUCAUCAUCAUCUCAACAAAUAAAUUAUCCAUCUCCAUCAUUAUCACCGUCCUCUUCAUCAAAUUUAGUUUUUAAUACAGACGCAAUUACAACACAAACAAUGUCUAUUUUGCAUAAUACAAAUCAUCUACACAAUGAAAAUUUAAUUACCUAUGAUCAACAAGCACAACGUGUUUAUCUACAAAAUAAUGGAAGUUAUGCAUCGUCACCACCACAGUUCACAAAUCAACAACAGCGAUCAUCGACAAAUUCUUAUCUUGACAAUUCAUCUUCAAAUACAAAUGCAGCUGUACUUGCUGCACUAGCUAGCGGAGGAUUCAAUUCAUCAACAUCCCAAUCUCAGCCAACACAAACUAUUUGUAUUGGUGGACAGCAUCCAGAACAACAAUCUGGUUCUUAUUCGACAUCUUCAUCGUUUAAUAAUAAUUCGACAAUUUCAAAUUCUCGUUCAUCAUUAACACCGUCAUAUUUAGUUCAUCAUACUCCUCAAUCUUCAAUUGACUAUCAAAAUUCUUCAACAUCUCAAAUCAUAUCUCGCUCAUUACAUGGUAAUUCGACUGAACCAUUACCAUCAUUCGACACUAUAUUGAAUUCAUCAUCGUUGUCUAUUCGUUCGCAAACAAUUUCGGCAAAAGACUCUCUAUCUAGUCGUCAAUAUUUACAGAAGCAAACACUUAUUGUUGUUCCAUCAACAAUAAAGUCAGGAUCAUCUUGUCAACUGCCUUCAACAUCAACUAAUUCAUCGACUAUUGUUCUUCCAAAGAUAUCACAUACAAAUUCAAUUGAAAAACGCCCAAGAAAUACAACUGAUGACUGUUUAUAUGUUCGUUACGAACGUGAGCCACAUACAAGUAAUAAUGAUCAAUUUCGUUUUUCAUAUAUUGUUGAUGAACAUUCGCCACUAUUGCAUAAACGUUUACGAUAUGUAUCAAUAAAUGAUCUGUAA